AUGAUUAACGGCUGGAGAAGAGCCUUUUGUACUUCCAUACCCAAAGAGAGAAACGACGAUGACAACAACGACGACGGCAGAGUUGCUGAUUCGCCGGGAAAUCAACCUUUCCGCCACAAAUCCACCUCAAAGUUUGGAUUUUUCUCAACUCCGUCAACUCCUCGUUCCGACUCCGGCAUCCACAAACUCCGUUGCCGGACUUCUGUAGCCACCGCUUCUCCGUCUCCGUCUCUUCCCGGAACUCCGAAGCUAAAGUGCAGAACCACCACCACCACCGCCGAAACAACUCCAAUCACAACGCCGACGAGAAGCCUCGUCUCUUCUUCUCCUAAAUCUCCGGCGAGUUUCUCCCUCUUCACGUCCAGACUCCGAUUCAACAAAAGUAGCAGCAACAAAUGUGGAAUCUGUUUACAGAGUGUGAAGUCCGGUCAAGGUACGGCGAUUUUCACGGCGGAGUGUUCACACACGUUUCAUUUUCCCUGCGUUACCUCACGCGCCGCCGCGGAUCAUAACCGGCUUGCCUCAUGUCCGGUUUGCGGAUCUUCUCUGUUGCCCGAAAUUCGAAAUUACAGUAAACCGGAAUCUCAAACCGAGAUUAGGAUCCGAGGAGAAGUGAAGACCAACAAGUCGUUGAGAGUUUACAACGACGACGAGUCUUUGAUUUCGUCUCCGAUCUCUCCCGCCGGUUUUCACACCAUACUCGAAUCCGACGAAAACGAAGACGAGCUGAUUAACGGCGAGUUCAGUGGAUUUUCCGUUAAUACUCCGUCACCUUUAACGGCGAAGCUCUUGACAGAUCCUUACUCGAGAAACGUAGACGUUAAGCUCUCGCCGGAAGCUGCAAUCGUCGCCGCCGGAAAAGGUUACGAGACUUACUCCGUCGUGAUGAAGGUGAAAUCGCUGCCGUUUCCGACGGCUCGUGGAGCGGCGCGUAGAUCUCCGGUGGAUUUGGUAACCGUAUUAGACGUAAGCGGGAGAAAUUCCGGUGGAAAAUUGGAAUCAAUGAAGCGAACGAUGAGGCUUGUGAUAUCGAAUCUGAGGGAGACAGAUCGUUUGUCGAUCGUCGCGUUUUCGUCGAGCUCGAAGCGGUUAUUGCCGUUACGGAGGAUGACGGCAAACGGGAGGAGAUCAGCCAGACGAAUCGUGGAUAUCAUUUCCGUUUCCGGAUCUGGCUCCGUCGCCGGAAUCGGUUGCUCCGGCGAAGGAAUGAGCGCGAACGACGCGUUGAAGAAAGCGGUUAAGGUGUUAGACGAUCGCCGGCAGAAAAACCCUUUCACCACCGUAUUCGUGUUAACUGACCGUCAAGCCCAUCAGGCCCAAUUAGCCCAUUCGAAAAUCCCCGUUCACACCUUAUGGCUUGGCGCGUGGGACCGCGCGUUUUCAGAGGACGCGUUUGCGAGAAGCAUCAACGGUUAUUUGAGUUUGUCUGUUCAGGAUCUCGGUUUAAACCUCGGGUUAGUUUCCGGGUCGGGUCAGGGAGAGAUUACUUCCGUCUACUCUCUUUCGGGUCGACCAGUUUGGCUUGGAACCGGUUCGAUCCGGUUAGGUGAUAUGUACGCUGAGGAAGAAAGAGCGUUGCUUGUGGAAAUCAAAACACCGGUUAAUUCUUCAACAACGAGUAGGUCCCACAGAAUCAUGACCGUUCGAUCUCGUUACGUUGACCCCACGACACAAGAAACAAUAAACCCGGAAGAUCGGGCGCUUCUGAUUCCUUCUCCUAUAACCGUACGAUCAUCAUCGAAUCCGAACAUCUCACGGCUCAGAAACCUCCACGUCAGCACUCGAGCCAUCGCGGAGUCUCGUCGGCUAAUAGAGCGCAACAAUUACUCCGGAGCUCAGAGAUUGCUGACGUCAGCUCGAGCUUUGCUGGUGCAGUACGGUUUGAGCUCGAGUGAUACAUGCAUACGUGGCUUGGACGCCGAGCUUGCAGAUCUUACUGGUGUGAGAGGAAGACACGUGGCGUCAUCGGAGAGCUUAGAGCCGCUUACUCCGACUUCGGCUUGGAAAGCGGCGGAGAGGUUGGCUAAAGUGGCGAUGAUGAGGAAACAUAUGAACAGAGUCAGCGACUUGCAUGGGUUCGAAAAUGCAAGAUUUUAG